AGGGAUGCAGCGGAAGGAAAGAUAGAGGCCCAAGUCGCGCAGACUACAUGCAAACCAAGAGCAGGAUAGAGAACAAAGCGCGGAACUCGGAGGGGCCCUGCAGGACAGUUGGGGGCUAGCACCAAGCGCCAGCAGAAAGAGAGAGCGAGCAGAGGUGUAGAAUGAGCCAAGGAGACUCAAACCCAGCAGCCAUUCCACAUGCAGCAGAAGACAUUCAAGGAGACGACAGAUGGAUGUCUCAGCACAACAGAUUUGUCCUGGACUGCAAAGACAAAGAGCCAGACGUCCUGUUUGUGGGGGACUCCAUGGUACAGUUGAUGCAGCAGUAUGAGAUAUGGCGAGAGCUUUUUUCCCCACUUCAUGCACUGAAUUUUGGAAUUGGGGGAGAUACAACAAGACAUGUUUUAUGGAGACUAAAGAAUGGAGAACUGGAGAAUAUUAAACCUAAGGUCAUCGUUGUCUGGGUAGGAACAAACAACCAUGAAAAUACAGCCGAGGAAGUAGCAGGUGGAAUCGAGGCCAUCGUACAGCUUAUCAACACAAGGCAGCCACAGGCCAAAAUCAUUGUAUUGGGUUUGUUACCUCGAGGUGAGAAGCCCAACCCUUUGAGGCAAAAGAAUGCCAAGGUGAACCAGCUCCUCAAGGUUUCCCUGCCGAAGCUUGCCAAUGUUCAGCUCCUGGAUACAGAUGGGGGCUUCGUGCACUCGGACGGUGCCAUCUCCUGCCACGACAUGUUUGAUUUUCUGCAUCUCACAGGAGGUGGCUAUGCAAAGAUCUGCAAACCCCUCCAUGAACUGAUCAUGCAGUUGUUGGAGGAAACACCUGAGGAAAAACAAACCACCAUUGCCUGACUGGCUCCCAUCAGUGUUACUAGCAUCCCAGCCUCCUCAGAUCAGUUCUAUCACUGGCACUACAGAAUCCUUCUCUUUCUUAAGGCACUUUGCAUUGUCGAAUGUUCCUGAAUGUUCCUAUUUAGUGUUUGAAGGGGAGGAGGGAUUUAAACUGGUCCUGUACAUAGAAGGUUUGUUUUACACAGGAGAAAAAUUAGCCAAGGAAGAUGGUUGUUUAAAUUCAUUUGAAACCAGAAGGGGACUUUUUAGUUAUAUGUGUGACACAGUCAUUGAAUUAUCACUGUUUUUCCUAGGACAACAUCAAGCCUAAGUACUGAACAAAAUGAAGAUGCUUGGCCUUUCUUUGUGUGGAUUAUGUCAUAUAUAAUAAGAUUAGAAUCACACCUACUUGGCUUUAAAACAGAUGUUUUUCCAGUUGUUAAAGUUCAUUAUUUAGUCUUUUUUAUUUUGCUUUACUCAUACAUAUUCUCAAUGUUGUAGCAACAUAUAGCAUCAGAUUGAACGUGCUUGUCAUUCAGAUAUGGGAGAUGCUAUAGUCAGUAGUGAAUUUGUUCCACUCUUAAUCCUUCCCAUGCUCAGCAGUGAAAAAUAGGUUUGGCCCCAUCUGGGGGACUCUGUUGAGGGUAUUAUUUUUAUGCUGCUGAAUAUCAUGUCUGGAAUAGACCCAUGCAUGCAGCCUUUCCUCUAUUCCCCCUCAUCUCCUCUCUUUUUUGGGGGGUCCUUGUUGACAUUACAAGCUUUUAACACAUUUUUAACCUAGGAGCUCUGUUGCUGGAAGUAGAAGCCCCCAGCCAGUCACUCUCAUGAUGGUAUUACUGACGUGUAACUCAUUCUUGUGCGGUGUUCUGUGCUAUAGAGUCUGUGUAGUGCUGUCCAUGUUCAGAGUUCUGAUUGGUUGGUUUGUUUCUCCCUUAAAACCUGUUAACAGUUUUCCUUCUUUUAGGGGGAAAAAAUUGGAACUCUGUUUCCAACUCCAUAAGACCUGACUUUUUUUCUUGGCUUAGUUUUUAAAUUAUCAGUCCAGAAAAACUGGCCUCUUCUCAUGGAGAAACAGUGAAACUGCUCUUCAGAAUAAACAUUCUACUUGAUCACCCCUGUUUUAGUAAAAAAAAAAAAAAAAGAACUAGGUUUGUGUAACCUUCAGGAUUUCUCCUUAAUAUGUCUUCACCUGUGAAUUUCUUUCAGGAGAGCUCUUUGUAAUCUUAAUGGUUUGAUGAGCUACGAGAACUGCCAUUUAAAAAAUAAUAGAAGCAGGUGGUUUAUUAUUUAAUAUACCCAUGGAAUAUAUACAAACUGGAUCUAAAAAUGAAUACUUUAAACUGGACCAGGUGGAUAUUGAAGUAACCCAUCCAGAUGGGCUCUGCAGAGAUUCAGCUUAACAUUCAAGUUCAGUAACUAAGGCAUACAUUUCAUAUUCAGCUUGCAAGGUACAUGGCAUUGCUGUUGUGUGUUGGAGGGGGAUUUGUGGUUUGUGCUAAGAGCCACAUCUGAUUGAAAGAGAUAGAACUUGGGCUGAUUUUUUUUCUUGUCAAGGCUUUUUCUAGAUAUUUUGUGGGGUCUUUUUUUUUUUUUUUUUUGGUCUUUUAAAAACAACUUUUGAAUGUAUCAUGUCUUCAUUAACAACUGAAAAUAUAUGUGAUGUUUACUAAACUUGUUUAGUAUAUUAAAUUUUCCUUUUUAUUUUUAGUAGCCCAGGCUCUUGAGUUUUUCAGGACAGAUUUUUUGUCUUAGCUGAGGUAUAAUUCUAGGGAGGAGGAUUAAUUAAGCCACAGUUUUAUGUGUGAAAGACUGUUUCCUCUCCUGGUCUUUUUCUGUUGUCAGAGAUGGGAGUACAGUCCAAACCCAUCAGGUCACUCCUGCAGCAUGUAGUUUUAGCUUCUCUCUUGACUAAGAGUCACAUAUCCCUUUGUCAGCUGACCUUCAGCGCUUUGCUUCUGUGUAUAAACCUCGGAUGUUACUACAUUUUAUAUUUACCAGAGCUAUUCGAGCAAUAGUAUUUGAACCACUAUUCUUUGAAAUAAAAGUCAGCCCCAUCGCUAACAGUGCAGAUACUGAGUCCACUGUCAUUUCUUGCAGCUUUCUUUGCGCUGCUUUAGGCAAAAAGUGUUCAUCUGUUUUUCUUCAUUUGACACCUCACUUUGCUACAGUGACAGAACUUGAUGCCUAAUCUUUAGAUUUCAUAUAUAUAUAUAUAUAUAUAAAAUAUAUAUACACACACACACAUAUAUAUAUAUGAAGUUUAACGAACUGUCCAAGUGAAAUGUCCUAAUUGUCCUCGUAAUUAAGGAGCCGGUUUUGCAGGCAACCAGCGAGGUGUUUUUCUGUUGGUCUCCCAGCACAUUCCCAUUCCUUUGUUCACCCAUUCCUACUAUACUAGAUGGCAGCUGGUGAUGCCACCGUGAAGGUUUCUGCAGUCCUGUCUUGAGUGUGGCAGGCUGGAAGUGUACUGCCAGAGGUGAGCUGGGGCGUGUUUUGCUCCCCACACAUUUCUAGACUGCUACCUACAGGCAGUAUACUGGCUACCACCUCAAGUCCAGACAUAUGUCUAAAGCUGAAUUUUGUGUCAGUAACCUUAACCCACCGAAACAAAUCUUGAGUAGCUCAUAUCUUGCUGUUAGGAAUUCUGUCGUCAUUUAAAAGUAAUGUUCAACUUUCUUUUCCUUUUUUAUUUGUUUAACCUAGUCACUGUUUACAGUUGUAUGCUAAAGCCUGAGAUAUUGUCUGUGCUGUGGUGUAUGAGCAUUGCCAAUUUUAUAUUUAUUGCAGCAAAAAAGAAACUAAAGAUUUAUGAAAAUGAGGAGCAUGGCUAUGCUCCUAAAUCUGUGUGGGUGCAUGUGGGAGAAGUGAAUUGGGGUCUCUUCAAAGGAGGCUUUUGGGGGUGGGGUCACCCAGGCUUCUCCUUGGUGUUCCUGCUUGGGGAUCACUGCUGCUAGCUGACUGGACCUCCCCAAUGGAAGUUUUGUGAUUCCGCUUUGGCAAAGUUUCAUUAACUAGUAGAGCUCAUUCUGUUUUAGUGCAUAUUUCAAUAUAAAUGUAAACAUUUCACUCGAACUCACUGUCUUUCGGUCUCCUUUAUCAUAGCUUGAAUUCCAGUGUCAAGAAGAAGGGAUGGUUUUUUUCCUAAUCACAAGCAAUUAGAUACUUCGGUCAUCUUGUUUCUUUUCUGUGGAACUGAAUGUACCAAGCUGACCCUCAUUACGUAUCUCCUCGGGGGUGUAGAAUGGUCAGCGGAGUGGGAUGAGCAGAUAGAAGGAAUCUUAAGUAGAUAAAUGGAAAUAACUGUCAAAUAAAAUGUUUCAGAUUUGUUAGUACUAUCUGGUAGUUAAAAACAAUUAACUCUAAAAAUUAUUAAAUUGACCUCUUGAUGCUUUU